CAUGGCCAAAUCACGACGCAGGGUCGUUUUAAGCGCUUCCGGGCGGAAACUUUACGCACUGAGCGUGUGCCAGUGUUCCAGCGUCUUGCCGGUAAAGAAUACGCGGCAGUGUAGUAUGAUGUGCGUUUUCACUAGUGCUUCACACCCAGCCGGUGCAUUUCCCAGCCUUCCGGAGUUCUCCACAAAUGAGCCAAAGAUCUGACAGCGCGCGCUAACUUAAGAAAAUGAGAAAUCAAACUGGGGAAUGAUUGUUCUGUGCUUCUGAACGGACUUACUUUUUUUUUUGUUCCGACCGGACUUAUUGAAUCCUUCUAGGCUAAACAUGGGGCUAUCCCGAAAUGAAACAGAAAUUUGGACAGAGGAGCAUAUGGACACGAACCACACGACCGACAGUUUCGGUCUGGAGGUUGUUAUCGUGCCCGUCGUAUUUGGAUGUAUAUUUUUCGUGGGAAUCAUUGGAAACACUCUAGUGAUGGUUGUCAUUGGAAAAAUAAAGUCAAGGCGCUCGAGAAGUCCCACUAAUAUUUUCAUCCUAAACCUCAGUAUUGCAGAUUUGUCUUUCCUCCUGUUUUGCGUCCCGUUUCAGGCUACCAUAUACUCUCUCCCCGAGUGGGUCUUCGGGGCUUUUCUGUGUAAAUUCGUGCACUACUUUCAUAUGGUUAGCAUGCUGGUGAGCAUUUUCACUCUCGUGGCCAUGUCGGUGGACAGGUACAUUGCCGUGGUGCUCUCCAAAAAGUCGCCAUGCAUUCGCAACCGGAGGAAUGCGUUCAUCGGCGUCUGUGUCAUUUGGAUGCUUUCCUUCAUCUUCGCGGUCCCGGUUGCGCAGUACCAAUUUUUGACGGAUUACCACGAGGCUCCCAAUAGCACGUUCUGCUGGGAGGUAUGGACCGAGCGUGUGGCCAAGCAAACUUAUAAAGUGACUAUUCUCGUGACUGGGUAUCUGUUACCGUUGGUUUUGAUCACAUGCUGUUAUGCCAAGGUAUUGUAUCAUCUUCAUAAAAAAAUGAAAAAUAUGUCCAAGAAGUCUGAACGUUCAAAGCGAAAGACAGCUCAGACGGUGUUGCUGGUAGUCGCUGCGUUUCUCAUCUGCUGGAUGCCACACCAUAUUAUAGCUAUGUGGGUAGAGUUCGGCCACUUCCCGUUGAAUGAUGCUACUUUUGUGUUUCGCAUCAUCUCUCACUGCCUGGCCUAUGGAAACUCCUGUGUCAACCCCAUUCUUUACGCCUUCCUCUCUGAAAACUUCAGAAAAGCCUGCAAGCAGGUCUUCACGUGUCGUUUUUUUUACUCUCCUCCGCCCGUGGAGAAAGUGGUGCGCAUUCGCAUGGAGAACUUCUCCAUGACACAUUCCACCACUAACAUAUGACUCGAAAACAUUUUAGAGAAAUCAGCACUGUUAAAAACAUUUCUGUUGUUGUCUUUGCUUCAUGCUGUGCUGUCAUGGAUUACAUUUCAAGGUUUGACUGACAAGGACAAAAAAAAAAAAAAAAGUUACCUUGAGAAGUAAAAAACCAUAUAUAAUAUCUCGGUCUAUGUUUAUUAAAGGCUUUUGCCAAUAACUAUUUAAAUGUAAAUAGUAUUUGUCAAUUAAAUGUUUUUACAUUUUUUUAUGUUAACUGUUAAAUGUAUUAUUGUUAUUGAAAAUAAUGAAAACGUAUGUAGAGGUUAAUUUUAAUAUAUAAUUACUAUAAUUAUACUUGAUAUGUUUGAGAGAAUCUCGCUAAAAGAGCAUGACUGUGCUGUCUAAAGACCUUUUUGCAUAGUGUUUAUGUUGUAUCUCAGUUUAAACAUGCCAUAAACUUUAAUACUUACUUGUAUGCUGUAAUUAAAUACUCUGUGACAUUGGUUUACAUGUAUUAUGUCCUGUCUUAUGGUUAUGUAUCUAUUAAAAUAUCCCUGAAGGUUAUCCCCUUUAAAAAUUCUAAUAAAAACAUCUAAUUCAAU